UCUCCUGAAUAACUAACCAGAUGGCUCAAGCUGCAAGGCUCAGCUUAAGAAUGCAGAAAGAGAUUAAGCUUCUGCUGAGUGAUCCGCCUCCUGGGGUCUCUCUUAAUCUGCCUGAAGGCGAAAAUGCCAUGUCAUCUUUAUCAAGCAUCGAGACAAGGAUUGAGGGGCCUGAGGGAACCGUAUAUUCAAAAGGAGUUUUCAUUCUCAAGAUCCAGAUUCCUGAAAGAUAUCCUUUUCAGCCUCCCACUGUGACCUUCAUUACUCCCAUCUAUCACCCCAACAUCGACAAUGGAGGACGCAUUUGCCUUGAUAUCCUGAAUUUACCCCCAAAGGGUGCCUGGCAGCCGUCAAUCAACAUUUCUACUGUUUUGAGAAGCAUUGGUUUGCUGCUAAAUGAGCCAAAUCCUGAUGAUGGGCUGAUGGCUGAAAUAAGUCGAGAGUACAAAUACAACAGACAAGUUUUUGACAUAAAUGCCCAAUCAUGGACUGAGAAGUAUGCUAAUCCUGCAGUAGUUGGCACAAGUGGCUGGAGCUCUUUGGAUGCUUCAGUUCUGGCACAGAACACACAAAUGGAGGAAACACAGAACCUACAAUCUUUGGUGGAAGCAUCUAAUAAAGAUUGUGAAGGGAGUCGAAAGAAGAUGCGGUUACUGGGUAAAAAGUUAUCGCUAAAAUCAGAAGGAUCUGAAGAGAAUGCCACCACUCGUAAGCAGGAUGAAGUGGCAGACCACUCACGAUCGACAGCAAUAUCCACUGUUCCGUCUACAUGCUUGGCCGAUGUUUCUGUCAAACAAAAUCCUACUUCCAGAAGUAUGUCUGUCAGUGCAGAUAGUGGAGUGACUUCAAAGAAAGGAUACCAAGCAAAUAGAACGAACCUGCAGUUACAUGAGCAGAGACUGCCUGUUACAUCAGAGGCUCCUAACCAAAGGAGUAGUGGCAGUGUGGAAGAUAAGUUCUCUUACGAUCGUUCAGUAUCAGCAUCCGGUACUAAAGAUUAUGUCACACGAUCUUCGGAUGAUGUUUUAGUGGAAAGUGUGGCAAAGAGCGUUGGUGGAUCAUCAGAUAGUGUGUGUAAACCAUCAGAAGGCAAUGGAGCAAAUGUUAGGUCACUUGGUCAGAAGAUGCCACUGAAACUGGCAAAGCUUGGAAGCACGAGCAAUGGUCAGAAGGACAAUAUGGCUCCAGAUCAUCUUCCUUCGCUGUCAGGUUUCAGUAAUCUGCAGAGAAGAUCCUCGGAUGUUUCAAGGCAAAAUUCUGUUGGAUGUACUAAUCUGAUUCAACAAAAUUCUCGUACUGAACAUGUACUUCCAAGUACCGACUCAGUACCAAAUAAAGAAUGCAAUCAAGGCCGAAAGAAGCCAAGCUUACUAAGUAAGAGGCUGUCACUGAAGUCUGAGCCGUCUGAGAUGGACAUGAGCAGUGACAAGGGAUAUAGGCAACCUGAUCGUUCCCAUGAUAAUAGGAAGCCCAGUGAACUGCCAUUGUCAGCUCCAGUCCCCAUAAGCCAAAGCCAAACCAGGGGCCAAGGCUUUGUUGAUUCACAGAAAAGUGUCAGCAAAAGCUAUUGUCCCUUCAAACAGAAUGAUGUUGUUUUAGACAGUGAUGAUAGCACAGACGAAUGCCAAAUCAUUGAACCAGGCCUUCUUCAUUCACAGAAAAAUGCCCGCCAAAGCAGUUGUUCCAUCAAAGAAAAAGCAACACCGAAGGAGAAUGUUGUUUCAGAUAGCGAAGACAGUGCAGAUGAAUGUGAAAAGAAACCUUCAAGAUCAAGGUUAUCGUUGAUGAAGAGACGGUUGGCUGGAAAGCUUCGACUUUAAUUUCAUCCAAUAAACAUGAUUUAUUUGGAUGCUGUUGUGUAGAGCCUUUGAAGAUGAAGAUGUCUCGCUAGUAAUUUUGCUGUUCUUGACCAGCUCAUGCACGUUUUGAUGUUUAUAUUGCCCUACAAUA